AUCACAUAAAUGUAUUUAAGGUUGGGUCACAUCUUUUUUGUGACGAAAAUAAAUUUCAGAAUGUCUGGUAAAGAAGCUAUACAACGUAUUAAGCAAAAUGCUCAGGUAGCGAAGCAAACUAUAGAUGAAUUGAAAAAUGAGCUAAACAUAUUGAACAACGAAUACAAUGCUAUUUUAACUAGACAAUUACAGGAAGAAAAUGCUAAGCUCGUGGCAGCAGUAGAAGAUGCGAAAAAUAAGUUAAUCCAAUUAGAAAUUCGGAAUGGAAUUAAACAAAUUCCUAUUCCAAAUCAACCAUUAAGUACAUUUACACCGGAAAUUCCAGAUGCAAAGCCAGUUCUUAAAGAAAAUGUACAAGCCCCUACUAAGCCAAAAAAAGAGAAAAAGGACACACCUGUAAAUCAACAAAAAUCUUCAAAUGAUUUACCAAUAGAUGUAGGAAGACUGGAUUUACGCAUUGGAAAAAUUGAGGAUAUUAAAAGACAUCCUGAUGCAGAUAGCCUAUACGUAUUACAAAUUAAUGUAGGAGAAGAAAAACCAAGAACCGUUUGUUCUGGUUUAGUCAAGUACGUUCCAAUGGAGGAUUUACAAAAUAAAAUGGUUGUUGUUCUUUGUAAUUUGAAACCUGUGAAGAUGAGAGGUAUUACAUCAGAAGCUAUGGUAAUGUGUGCCGUUCAAACUGAAGAAGGCGGAUCAAUUAUUGAAACAAUAAUACCACCUGAAAACAGUAAUCCUGGUGAUCUAGUACACUGUGAAGGAUAUACCAGACAACCUGAUUCUAUUAUGAAUCCCAAAAAGAAAAUUUUUGAAACUGUAGCUCCAGAUUUGCAUACUAAUGACACAUUGCAAGUUUGUUAUAAAAAUGUACCAUUUCAGGUAACAGGAAAAGGAAUUUGUCAUUCAAAAACUUUAAAAAAUGUUGUGGUUAGAUAAAAUGUGAUAGGUCUUAGAAAUAAAAACAAAGUUUUUUC